UUGUUUGUUUCUGCAUCAGUGAUUCUGAUUUUUAACAGUUUGAGAAUUUGCUAUUAGAAAUUGAUUGUAAUUCCCAAAUUCAAAUUUACUUCAAACUGUUUUGAAAACCAUUUGAACACUUUAUAGCUUGCAUUAAGGAUUUUCAUAUUAUUUCUAGGCAUGGCAACCUGGCAAUAAACUGUUUGCCAAAAACCAUAAAGGAAAUCAUCUAUGAAGCCAAAGCUUGAGCUGGAUAGUCACAACUGCACAUUGUAUGAUUGAAUGGUGGAAAGUGGCAGCAAAUAUUUGUCCUAAAACUACAUGUACAUGCACAACCCCCACACACAAGUUGGAUGACUGAUUUCUGGGUCCUAAUCUCUAGCUAACAGCCUCACAGCCAAAAACAUGAGCUCAUAGGUCUUGCUGUGGGGAUGAUAUAAGCCACCAGUUAGCUACUGCUUACAUUACAAAUGACCACAAGCAGCAAACAGCAGAGCUUUAGUAGAUAAAUCAGUGCUGCGAAAAGGGAGGGACACACAUCAUUAUUUAUAUCUACUUACAUUCUUCUGUGAUUUGAAAGCUAAUGCAAUUUUUGUGUUUGACAUGUUAUAAUGCCUGACCUACAGCUAUUAUUAGUGUUCUUUACUUAAGAUAAAGUGCACUGUGUUCUUUGUGCAGAGUUUCUCUAAAGGAUUAGUGUUACACUUAUGAUAUAGCUUUAAAAGGCCUGCAUAUAAAAGACCUUCAAGAAGUUUUAUUAAACUCACUCAUGGCCAUGUGCCUCCCAGAGCAUUGAAUUAAUCACAGUGCAUCACUCAUCACAAAGCAGGAUUUUUACUGCACACAGUUAAUAUAUUCCAAACCAUGCGGCUGAAUGUAAUAAGGAACACGUAUGUGACCCCCUGCCCUCUCCCUCUCAGACUAAAAUGGAAACCGGGCAAGCCUGCUAAUAUCCAUUAAUAAUAACAAUCACUACAAAUUUGAAAUUUCCUGUCACCUAGCAAUACCACUGACAAGGAAAUCUGACCCUAAAUAUGCUAUACAUAUAAUUUCUUCUGGAAGUUUAUUAAGUUUAGUGCCACUGUUUCUUUAUACAAAAAUCCCCACAAUGACCACAAUCCAACCUAAACGAGUUGCUAACUAAAGCAUGUUACCAGCAUUGAUUGACAUGUGUAAAUGACAAAAAAAAAAUCAAUGUGAUAUAAAGAUAUAAAACCAGGUGGAUUUCUGAGAAAUGCUGAUUUAAGUUUGAUUUGCGUUACAUUUUCAAACCAAAAAAAUGUAUAUGUAAUUUAUCUGAAAAAUAGACCUAGAAAUCUUGGUGCAGGGGGUAGAUUAGGUUUAAGUAAUUCAACUUUAAAUAAUGUACAAAACCCUAUUUAAUUUUAGUGGCUCUACCCCCUGUAGUGUAGGAGAACUUUGACUUGAUCUGGUGUUAUGGAGUAAAGCACCUGGUGCAGAAAUACAUAAGGAAGUUCUCACAAGGGAGAAUGGAUAGAGAAAAGAAUGCUUUGAAUUUAAAGAUCUGUUAAAUUAGCAGAGAGGCAUUGUUAGCAGAGCAGCAGGCUGGUCCCAAAGCUCUUCUUAAGAAGGCUUGAAAUGGACUUUACAAGGCCAGGCUGAAAGGCCCCGUUGGUUUUGCCCUCACCAGCUGCCUCCUUUACAAGGCACACUUCAAAGAUGAGGUCCUGACUCAGACCACACCUAGCAUGGGUUAUGGAGUUUCGGAAACGCAGCAAGGUUCAUGGGUCAGUAUGAUGACUUCUUUUGUAUGGUAUGAGGACCCUUACCAUUUGUGUAAGAAAAGUUCAGUAGUUUAUAGUAUUCAGACUUUUCAAAAUAAAAUUCUUUAGUGCUUAUGUUUAGAAACUCUGAUAACAGUGGAUAGCCUUAAGGAUCCCUAACUAAAUUUAAUUUAAAAUCAAUUCAAUUUUAUUAAUGAGAAGAAUCUCCUCUUUAAAACUUAUGAUCAAAAGUCUAAACAUCGUCAUUAAUUCAUCUUAAAGUCUGUUAUUUUUCAAAGGAUACAGUCUUUGCUGGGCUCAUUCUAUAGACAUAUUAUGGUUGUUAUGUUCCUGAAGAGGUUAUAGAUCAGAGCUAGGACAUUUUUUGACAGAAAAACACACUGCUGUAUGGCCCUGGUAGUUGAACGGUUCCAAUAGAAGGACACAUGAAGAAACCUGACAGGAUCUGGAUUUGACUUUUUGUGUACUGUGAAAAUAAUUGUAAGGUUAUGUAGCUAAGGAGUAAGGAAUAUAAAAUCUGGACCUGGAAAAUGGCCCUGAUAGUUAAAAGGCUAACAAUUUCUAUUAACACAUUUACUGUCAUUAGGUAACAUAUCUGAAUCUGAAUGUUCCAUAAAGCUGAGAACCUGUAGAAGUAAAGGACUGAGAUCCUGAGUAUAUUAAAAUGUGAUCCAUCUGGUUGUCUUUUCUUUUUUUAUAUAAUAUAGACAGUAUCAAAAUCAAAGCAUUUGUUUAAACUAAAGAGUAAUAUAAAUCUAUGAGGACUGUCAGAGUGACUUUGAUGGGUACUGGAUUCCACAAGGUUCUGAGCAGUUCACUUUUUCCAUCUUUCAGGCCCACUGACCUGCUUACUGUCUGAAUUCUUUGGCUUCUGAGUAACGGGACAAUUACAGCAUGGAAUUUCGGGGAGGACUGACUUCAUUUGUGCUCCUGAAAUAGAGAGACCGGUAGUCAAAAAAAGCAGGGCCACAGAUAGGCAAUUACCAGAAGGCAUCAAAGCAGUGAGAUGCUGCUAAGACAUUGUCAUUGUCUUGAAGUCAUUCACUGACCAACAGUGAGUUAUCAAUGCCUUCAGUGAUCUUCUCAUCAUUUUGUCUAUUUCUGAAACUUGUUUAAACUCAGAUUAGUUUAAUCUCAUUAUCCUCUUGUCACAAGCACGGGGGUAAAACGGACCCAAAUGCAGGACAGCUUAACAAAAACAGGUUUUAAUAGCUUAAAAAACACGAAACAGAGACACAGACUCGAGACAGGACGACAACAAAAGACAACAGAGGAUUCCGCAAGGCAACGUGGUUCAACUAAAUAAACAGGACAAUCAGAAACAUGAGGAACAGGUGUGCAGAAGCGGGCAGGAAGAGACAAGGGCGGGGGAGACAUGUGACACAAAACAUCAACAAAUGCACGUAGCCAAAGUCAGGGCUGAGUCCUGACACCUCUGCUCUCUGUCACCUUUAAGGGCCUGCCUAAAGAACUCACUCCCUUUCUGUAAACACCUACAACUUACCUGGUGAGAAUGGUUCUUGGAAUAACGCUUCAUGAGGCAGGACUGCACUGUGGAUGAGAUAGAUGCCAGUCCAGUCCACACAAAUUCACACAUUUAUCUUACAAAAUCCACCUACUCGGACCCACCUAAGCCGAUCAGGUUUUACAGAGGUGGAACGAAACCAUAAGACCUGGAGGAAACCCACAUGGGCAGAGAGACAACAUGCACAGAAACACCACACAGACAGUAACUUGAGCUCAGGACUGAACCAGAGACCCUGGAGCUAUGAGGCAGCAAAACUAGCUACUGCACCACUGUGUCACGCUUUCCUAAAGCACUUCCUUUUUAAUCAGCGCUCUGCACAAAGUCUCCAGUGUGCACAUUUAGCUAAGGUUAUGAAUAUAUAAUAAGAAUAAUAUAAAAUUGCCUGUAGCCUUCACAUUCAGCAGGCAUAUGUUUGUUUUAACCCUUAAACGCUCAGUAUGCUUCUCCUCACAAAUCAUAUUACUUAGUUAUUACUAUGAAUUAUUCAGUGACUACAUUGAGACUAACGGGAAUAUAAUGGAUCUUUGUUUAAAAUCAUCGACAGCUUGUGGGUGUUCAGGGGUUCAGAAAGAAACUGUAAUAAUUUCUGUUUAUUAAAACUGUAUGUCUUUUAGGUUAGCAUGUUAGCAGUGUUCACUAUUUGUGGGUUGAAGAGAGGGAUUUGUUUUCGUUGAUUGUGUUUAGAUCUUAAGUAGUGAUACAGAACACAGUUUGUAGAAGACCAUCAGGUUUCAAUUUCUCACCAAGUCAGUGAAGGAGACAUGUUUAAAUCAAUAAAUGUGUAUGAGCUCCAUCGCAUUUUCACUCUGUAUUUUGCAUUUACAGUGAAAGAGGGGGAGCAGUCCCCAGCCACUCCCCCACCACUACUAUACUCUCUCUCUCUCUCACACACAUGCACACCCACACCCUAUAAAGCCAAGGCAUAAGGAAACACUCAGCCAUAAUAACAUGUGGAACUGUUGAGGGAUGAACGCUAGUGCAACACACUAUAUACUUUUCCACUUAUUCACCCACUCAGGCUGGUGCUUGACACACUGGUUCUUUAAAGAGCAAUCUGCAGAAGGAAUAUGAACUCAUAAUGAUUAAAUCAUCAUGAAGCGGCUGAGUCUAUCAUCACAGGAUUGUUGUAAGACAACGCUGGAUUUCCGCAGAGUGUUGCUGUUCACUAAGUGAGGGACAACGGUUUGUCUUGUGUUGGUGAAUAGAAUUGAGGGGCAACAAGUCGUGUUAAGGUCUGUCCCUGUUUCCGUGUGAGGAAGAGGAAGACCACAGCCCCUCUUGCUGGAAGGCUGCGAGUGUGAGACAGAGCAGGUGACGAUGUCCUUUGCCAUGGUUCACCCGUCUCCUGCCCGUUUCCUUUACUCUGAGAUUAGCACUCUCUCAGAGGAUGAUGAGAACGGCAGCGAAAGCUCAGGAUCCGAAGACAAAUCCUUUCAUCUUUCCACUCCUGGGUACAACGCUAUCAAAACAGACUCUCGCAAACGGAAGUACGGCUGCAGGCCAUCAGUCGAAGUCACAGAUCUUCACUUGCCAAUCUCAGAGACCCGACAGCGUAAUGCUGCCAAUGCUCGAGAACGGGACCGCACAAACAGCGUGAACAUGGCUUUUACAGCUCUGAGGACACUCAUACCCACUGAACCGGCUGACAGGAAGCUGUCUAAGAUCGAGACGUUACGGCUGGCCUCCAGCUACAUCUCUCACCUGGAAAAUGUACUAUUGGUGGGAGAAGCAUGUGGAGAUGGGCAGCCCUGCCAUAAAAGCACAGGGGCUCUACACAACCAUCUCCAUAAGACCAUAGAUGCGAGUCCAGACUCAGAGAACUCCCAGCCCAGACAGAUCUGCACUUUCUGCCUCAGUAACCAGAGAAGACUGAACAAAGACAGAGAAAGAAAAACAGCAAUAAGAAGUUAAUGAUGAAGAAGAACAUACUGUGCAUUCACCUGAACUCUAGCUUUAUGUUUUUCCUUAUCUAUUGUAAGUAUGCUACUGCAGUAUCAUACAUGAACUUUUAUUUAUCCUGUAAUUGUACAUUUAUUAAUGGACUGCAUCACUGUGGACUAAACCGAUCACUAUGCAACAGUUGCUUCAUGUGACAGAGCUUUGAGGACUUUAUUUUCCAGCAUUAGCACACGAUGUUUGUGCUGAACAGGGCACAUUAAGACUCUAUAUAAAUCUGAGCAUUGAGAAGACAGAGGACUGCAUAAAAUAUUCACGAUAUCAAAUGAAGAAAUCAGCACUGAUUUGCUAAAUACUAUACUAUCAUGGAGAUGAAUCAGUUCACCUUUGACCUGCUCCAGCUUUAUCAGCAGGAGUGGAAUAAAGUACUUUCAGAUUUAUAAACAUCAGCCUUUACCUGUGUCUGAUUUGCUUACAAUGUGAA